CAGGACUGUAUAGGGUCAGCACUUCCAGCCUGGUGGUUCAGAGCUCCUGACCUGAGAGGGCUUCAACACCUGGACUCCAGGAUCUUCCUUUAACCCUGCUGUCUCUGGUCCAGGCAGAGGGCAGAGACAUCUUCAUCUUGCAAGACUGUGCAUCCUGUAACCUGCUAUAGUGAUUCCAAGACCUGGAGUAAAGGGUGCCUCCGGGGCUAGGAUAUUUGAGUUUCAACUUCUGUGGUCAUCGAUCCCCAAGCACAGAUGAGAGCGAACUCACCAACCCAGGGUAUCAGUUUGAAAAUGCAUCAAGCCAGGCCUCUGUUUUUGGUGACUGUCGCGCUGCAGCUCAUCGGUCUGGGAUACAGUUAUCAGAGCGAAGGAGAUGGUGCCAGAGAAGUCAGCAAUAUCCUCUCUCCAGUGAUCCCCGGGACGACACUGGACAGAACUCUGAGUAAUUCCAGCAGAAAGAAUGACAUUCCGGAGGGGGCGCGCCUAUGGGAUUCCCUUCCUGACUCCAGCACUUUGGGAGAGAGUGCAGUCCCUGUAUCCCGCUGUUGCCACAAUGGCGGCACCUGUGUUCUGGGCAGUUUCUGCGUGUGCCCUGCCUAUUUCACUGGUCGCUAUUGCGAGCACGACCAGAGGCGCAGAGACUGUGGUGCCCUAGGGCAUGGAGCUUGGACCCUGCACAGCUGCCGCCUAUGCAGGUGCAUCUUCUCAGCCCUGUACUGCCUCCCACACCAAACGUUCAGCCACUGUGACCUGAAAAGCUUCCUUUCUUCAGGCGCCAGAGGAUCAAGAGAAUGCAGCAUCCCAAGCCUCCUCCUGCUGGUGCUCUGCCUCCUCCUGCAGGGUGUGGCUGGUAAGGGCUGAGGCUCCUAAGUGCGAUGAUAGACUCUCCUCCUGAGCUGUCACCCUUGAUUACACCACAGUGUGCCAGCAAGAAAGCUGGGUGGUGGGCAUCUGACUUGGUGUUGUGUCCUGUAAAUAACAGAUUCACUGGAAUAUGCUGGAUUCUCAUGCUGUACAAUAAAGAGGCUUAAUGGU